AUGUCUGUGGUGAGCUUGACGCCUGCUCAGUUGGAGCACAUAAAUGCCCGGCUUGAGAACGAGCUGCCAGAAACCAUCAUCAAAUGGGCCUACCUCACCUUCCCCCACCUCUACCAGACCACCGCGUUUGGGCUUACUGGGUUGGUGACGGUUGAUAUGAUUUCCAAGUUGGGCAUUAACGUUGAUCUUGUGUUCAUGGAUACCCUCUACCAUUUCCCUCAGACUUAUGACCUUGUUGAAAAGGUGAAGGCUAAGUACGGCUCGACUGUCCACACAUUCACACCUAAGGACGUAUCCACCGAAGAAGAGUUUAAGGCGAAGUAUGGCGAUAUGUUGUGGGAGUCCGAUGAGGAUUACUAUGACUUUUUGGUCAAGGUUGAACCCGCCCAACGGGCUUAUAAGGAAUUAAAAGUGGUGGCAGUGCUCACUGGCCGCCGGAAGUCGCAAGGCGGUGCCCGGGGGUCAUUACCGGUGGUGGAAAUUGAAGAAACGUCUGGAGUUAUCAAGAUCAACCCAUUGGUUAACUGGGAUUUCAAGAAAGUCAAGCAAUACAUCGAUGAAAACCAAGUGCCCUACAACGAAUUAUUGGACUUGGGGUACAAGAGUGUGGGUGACUGGCAUCUGACCCAGCCCGUGGCUGAAGGCGAAGAUGAAAGACUGGGGAGAUGGAAGGGCAAAGCUAAGACUGAGUGUGGCAUUCACCAGACGUCCAAGUACGCCGAAUUCCUCGCGAAGUCGGAGACGGUGAAGCAGGGCUAA